UCAUGCAUGGGUGCGAUGAAGGCAAGAUCAGCAUCUGUAGGAAGAUGGGUGAACGAGGUCGUGAGCUUUGUUGUGUUUUGUCUCUUAGACAUCGUCGAUUAUUUUCUCUGUCUUCUCUACAAAGCUGCUGAUUAUCUCCUCGAAGCAGAGUGGAAACCCUGCUAUUGCUUGUCACCCAAGAAACUCAUCACCACCACUCAAGGGAAUAUCGUCCUAUCUCAUAGCAAUGGUGAAUCCAAGAUUCUCACCGUCUCUACCCUUCAACAACUUAGCGGACGUUCCAAGAUUGAGCUUGAGGAGAUCUCAGAGACUCUUUAUUCACGUCCUUCUCUUGUAUCUGACCUCUCUAAGCUCUCCAUUAAUGAACUGACCAAACGGUUAGUGAAUGUGACUCGAUCAAACUCUGAGUGUGGCGAGAAGACGACGACUAAGAGAAAAGGGAGAGCGAUGAAAUCGAGAUUGACGGUGGGUUUUACUGUUGUUGAGAUGCUUCAAGGCAAGAUCAAGCCGCAGAAACUGAGCCGACAAAUCUCGAGAUGGUCGGAUUGUGACUGUGGAUUUUGCACUUGUUGGACUUCUACUUGUGUCAAAGACCAGUCCCUCUUUGUCAAAACUCAAUUCCCAAAAGGGAAUACCGGAAAAGAGGACGUGUUGUUCAUUCAUGGUUUCAUAUCUUCAUCGGCGUUUUGGACAGAGACGGUGUUUCCAAGCUUGUCGAACUCGAAAUAUAGACUAUUUGCCGUAGAUCUUUUAGGGUUUGGGAAGAGCCCUAAGCCUUCGGAUUCACUCUACACGAUGAGAGAGCAUGUGGAGAUGAUUGAGAAAUCGGUAUUGCUUAAACACAAUGUGAAGUCGUUCCAUAUUGUGGCUCACUCUUUAGGUUGCAUCUUGGCUCUUGGCUUAGUCGCUAAGUACGGUGGUUCCAUCAAGUCACUAACCCUCCUCGCUCCGGUUAGUUCAUUUAUCAAUUUGCUGAAGUUUGACACGUGUGCAUGUAUGGCGAAGCCGUACCAUCCCGUGCCGGCGACGGAGGCCGAGCCAAGGCAGUACGUGAUGAGAAAGGUGGCGCCGCGGCGAGUUUGGCCACCAAUAGCGUUUGGAGCGUCGAUGGCUUGUUGGUAUGAACACAUUAGCCGAACCAUUUGUCUCCUCAUUUGCAAGAACCAUCGUCUUUGGCAAUUUCUUGCCAAACUCAUCACCCGUAAUAAUAGGUAUCUAAUUAAGUUUUCAUUUAAUUAA